GAAACAGAAGUGGACAGAAGUUAUUUUGAUCUCCCCCUGUGAUGAAGACAUCUUUGGUACAGUCCAAAAAGAUUUCAGGUUAAGUUUGUUUGCUCCAGGAAUCUGUGCAUAUUUGCCUGGCGGAACAGGAACUCGAUGGCUUAAAGUCAUUUUAAUUCAGAGUCCAUGGGUUCUACCUCAGCCAAGCCCUUUAAAAAUCAGAAGUAUGAAGACCUCAAGCGAAAGUGCCUUGAAGAGGAGAAGCUCUUUGAAGACCCUGAUUUUCCUGCUUCUAAUGUUUCUCUCUUCUAUCUGAAUCCACCAGUAGCAAAUGUGGAGUGGAAACGCCCAAAGGAGUUCUGUGAAGAUCCUCAUCUGACCAUACACGGAAUCAGUUCCCACGAUUUACAUCAAGGAAGCCUAGGAAACUGUUGGUUUGUGGCUGCUUGUUCUUGCCUAGCUCUUCGGAAGAAGCUGUGGCAGAAGGUAAUCCCAAAUAUUAAGGAACAGGACUGGGACCAAAAGAGACCAGAGAAAUAUGCUGGAAUAUUUCACUUCCGUUUCUGGUGUUUUGGAGAAUGGAUUGAUGUGGUCAUAGAUGAUCGGUUGCCAACCAUAGACAAUAAGCUGAUCUACUGCUCUUCUAAAGAGCCCAAUGAAUUCUGGAGUGCGCUUCUGGAGAAAGCUUAUGCAAAGAUGGCAGGUUGUUACGAAGCCUUGGAUGGGGGCAGCACAGCCGAGGCGAUUGUCGAUUUCACAGGAGCUGUAGCAGAAUCCAUCAACCUGAUUGAUGGUAAUUAUGACUACAGUAUCAUCGAGCAGGUGAAACUCUUCAGAGAAUUACUGAAAGUUCAUAAAAGGGGAGGAUUGAUCAGCUGCUACAUCAUGCCUUCAUCCUUCAGUGAUUUUGAAGUAGAGACGGACAUGGGUUUAAUCAAAGGUCAUGCCUAUUCAGUGACGUCUAUCCUGAAAAUGUCUGUUGGACAGAAGAGCCUGUGCAGUAGAAAGUCUGAGAAACUCUUCAUGAUCCGAUUAAGGAAUCCUUGGGGAAACAAGGAAUGGAAUGGAGCAUGGAGUGAUGAAUCUGAGGAAUGGAAGAAAGUGACCAAAACAGAGCGCACAAGAUUAGGUCUCACCCUUGAAAAUAAUGGAGAAUUUUGGAUGACAUUUGAAGACUGGUGCAAAAACUUCACUGAUGUGGACAUUUGUCGGAUUGUGAAUACCUCUUUCUUCAGUAUCCAUAAGACCUGGGAAAAGAAAAUGAUCCGUGGACAGUGGACAAAGAAUCCAAAUGCCAUGUUAAAUCGCUCUGGAGGGAGUUUAAACAACGAAGCCACCUUUCUCCAAAACCCUCAGUAUAUUUUUGUUGUAAAGAAGGUGGAAGACAAGGUCUUGAUCUCUCUACAGCAGAAGGACCAACGGAUUCACCGGAAAGAAGGGGCAGGAGAUAAUCUUGUUAUUGGCUUUGAAAUUUUCAAGGUGGAGGAUAACCGAGAAUAUCGCUUGCACCAAUUGAAUAUACAAGAGAGGAUAACUAACUUUACCUACCUGAACAAUCGCACUGUGUAUUUAAAAGUGCUUCUCAAGCAAGGCCGAUACCUUUUGAUCCCAACCACUUUUUCUCCAAACACUGAAGGGGAAUUUAUUCUGAGGCUCUUCACAGAUGUUCCAUCAGCACUCAGGGAGCUGAAACUGAACAAGCCCAGACUGUCUUGCCUGGAUAUCCUUCUAGGUGUCCCUAAGAGGAUGUCCCUCGUUAAAGUCUACAGGGUGGAAGGACUCCAGAGUCAAAACAAUCAUGGGGAAACCAACCCGUAUAUAAUUAUUAAGUGUGAGAACAGCAAGAUUCGGUCUCACUCUCAGAAAGGCACUGGGACUGCUGUUUUCAACACCCAGGCUGUUUUCUACAAAAGGAAGGUUGAUAGCCCCAUUAUUGUCCAGGUCUGGCACAAUGCUUUCUUUGACCGAUUCCUGGGAGAAGUCCGGCUGUCUGGGUCACCCGAUAACCCUCGGGACCUUCAGAAGUACCAACUCCAUGGCAGAGGCCAGCAAGAAGCAAAAGUACCAGGUCAAAUCACUAUCAAGAUACUUUCCAGCAAUGACCUGGUGGAGCUAUGAGUUGCAGAGACUGAUAGACCCCAAGAGAAAGGCCUUUUGCACACAUGUGAAUGUUGCUGUUAGAAUCCCUUCUUUGGUCUGUAAUCGCUGGGUUGCAAAUGGACAAUACAAAGAGAGAGAUUCUCUUUGUAAAGAGAGACAGGUGGGACCGGAUUGUCACGAUGUGAUGAGCUCCUUUUUCUUCUUCCCUCUCUUCAGAUGGCAUUUACUUUACAAAUUGUAAUCGGUGCUAAUGUUAUAACUUUUCAGGCUUUGGGUUAGAAAAAUAGGAUGAUGUCACAGAGCUAACCAGGGUAGGUUCCAAAUUCAACUCCUGAAUAACUUCACAUCAAUUUUCUCAGUGGAAGUAGAUCGUUGUUUGGGUCAGCUGAGUUACUUUUGGGAUGAAAUAUCAGCUUUGUCCCAAAUCUUGCCAGAACUAGGAAGAGCCCAUUCUUCUUUCUGCAUCUUCAGAAUUGAUGCAGCCACUGAAUAAGUGAUGUGGUAUUUGACGUGUGAGAUGACACAUCCCAUGAUGGAAGGCUUAAUUGUACUUGAGCCAAAUAAUAAUAGUCACAUAAAAGGAAAUCUGUUCUCUAACAGUUGCCAUUUUUUUUUAUGAACAGGUAGUCCUCAACUUACGACACUAGUUGGGAGCAUCAAAUUCGUUGUUAAAUGGUGCACUCAUUAAGUGAAGCACCACACUCAAUCUCACAACCUUUUUGCCACAGUUGCUAAGCAAAACAUUGUGUGAUUGCAAUUUGCAACCUUCCCUGCUAGCUUCCUUGUUGACAUUUGCCAGCUGGGAAGGUUGCAAAUGGUGAUCACAUGAUCCCAGGAUGCUACAGCCAUCCUAAAUGCACAACAGUUGCCAAGUUGCCUAAAUCACAAGCACGUAAUUAUGGGGGCACUGCGAUGGUCAUAAAGGACUGGUCAUAAAUCACGUUUUCAACACUGUUGUAACUUUGAAUGGCCGUUAAACAAAUCAUCAUAAGUCAAAGAUUACUUUUAUAUGUAGGACAAUAGUUCAUUGGACCUACAGUGGGAAUCGCCCUCAAGCAGAGAAUCACCCCAAACAUUCCUGCUGAUGGGACGAGAGGGAGAAAUCAGGGCUGUUUUUGGGGGGGGGUGUCCCAAAGAAGCCUUGUCUCUUCACAUUCCAGGGGUUUUUCAACAUCUGGGAUAUAUUUUCAGGGAGAUUCUGAAAAGGAUGGGGGUAGAGAGAAAGGACCUGUCAGUCCUGCCACAACUUAAGCCUCUAAAUAGAAAUAAUCAUUGGCUCCAUUUGUUGAGGAAAGUAUAGUUUAGUAGAGGUCGAGUGUAUUGCAAUAAUGCAAAGCCAGAACUGAGAAUCCCACGCCAAAAUCCCUAAAUUCAACUUUCCCCUCCCUUAGCUGUCUCUCAUUGCCCACCCCCAUAUAACCAAUCAGGUUCAGGUUAGGUAUUUUCAUAACAGUCAAUUAAAGCAUAGUUUAGUAUGCAGCUCCCUCUUUCUCCCAGCUGGGUGACCUUGAGGCAGCAUCUUAAGGAGAUACAGCACUUACUUUCCCCAAGCAUUCCACCCCCUUCAUUCUCCCUCCCCACAGUUCAUGGCAGUCUGUCACCACAUAUCAGUGAAGCACAAGGAAGCAUAAAGUGGCAAGUGACAGGACCCAAGCACAUCUAAUGAGAGAAUUCCCCUGCUCCAUUCAAAGUCUGCAUUAAAUGAAAGGUGUCCUCUUAUUGCUCCAACAUUAUGGUGGAUUCAUGUCAAUGCACAGAAAUAAUAUCUAUACUUUGCACUUUUCACUCCUGUCAGAGCAAGUCUCUACAUAGAAUGAAUGUAUUUAAACGCACAUAGUAUAUUUUAAUAAACUUAUUAAAUAUCUAGAAUAAUAUAUUCUGUUAUUAGCAUCCUCUAGGUGAGUUAUAAAAAUAGGCAUUUAUGUUGCACUUUUUAUAAACACAAAGCACAUAUAUUAUUCAAGCAUUCUUUAUGUAGAUUGUAUAACAAAUGUACUUCUCUUUGUAUUAUUUAUGCCCAUACUGCAGAUGGAAAAAAGGGAAGAUUGAGCUUACUUGCUAAGGAAGUACUGUUUGUUUUAAUACAGACGCACAAUAAAAUUUUGAAACUGAA